UCUUGCUAGCAGCCGCCACCACCGCUCUCCUGCACCUCCCGGCCGCACCGCCCUCCUGCACCACCGGUAAAACCCUUGGCCACCUUCUGCAGGGAGCUCCCCCCCAACACCGGUCGGCACUACCACUCAUCACAACACUAACUGGUUUCUGGUCAUCGUUUUUGAGGAUUUUACGCACUAACUGAUGUGAAGUCGAAGCGGGACCCUUAAGCUAUGCAAGUUUAUCGGGUUUAUUGAAGAACAAACUAUAAAAUAAGAUCAGGACCUGGAGACACGUGUUGGUGCUGGGGUGACUCGUCCUCAGCUGGUCGGGGCCGCCCACCUGGCUGCUGCCGCCGCCCUCCCUGCCGCCCAUAUUUGCUCCCGCCCAUCAUGUGACCCCCCAGCCCAUCCAUGCUGCUCGUACCACCCACCUCGCGCUCCGCCCACACAGCUGAGCCUGUGGUGCCGCCCACCUCUGAGAGUAACAGGUGUGCCGCCUACCCGAGCAACACACUGGUGCCCAUCAAAGCAGAGCCCGCCCACCUGCUGCACCACCCGCCCCACCCACCGCUCCCUGACAGCCACCUACGCCCACACAUGUCCGGCCUGAGCGACAACCAAUACCCGCCCGCGUCUACCGCCACCCAUUCGGCGCCCACCACGCCCGCGCCACCUUCCACGCCCACACCCGCACCCCCAGUCUCUGCGUCGUCAGAUCGCUCGGGGUCCGGAGGUUCUGCAAGCGGGGGGCCCAUCCCAAUCAUCCCCCCCUCGGUGGUCGGUCCCCCCUCGGGUGGCAUAGUUCCCCCGUCCUCCACUUCUCUACCAGUGGGCGGCGGCGUGUCUGUGGGCGCGGUGACCCCCGCUAUGCCCGUACCGGGACCGUCUAACCCGCAACAACCGCAGGGUCCCCAACAGGGACCCCAGCAGGGCCCACAGCAGCAGCAGCCUCCACUCCACCACCCGCUCCUCGGCUACGUCUCCCACGGCAACAAGAUCCUCUCGCGUAACCUCAACGGCACGCGGCCCAACUACCCUCCAAUCAGCCAAACAGAUCGGCGAGCGGAACCCGUAAGACGUGCCCAAGAUUACGGACUGCCAAAAGAGACGGUGUACAGAACAGACGGUGUACAGAACAGACGGUGUACAGAACAGACGGUGGACAGAACAGACGGUGUACAGAACAGACGGUGUACAGAACAGACGGUGUACAGAACAGACGGUGUACAGAACAGACGGUGGACAGAACAGACUGACAGAAGAGACGGUGUACAGAAGAGACGGUGUACAGAAGAGACGUGUACAGAAGAGAUGACAGAAGAGAGCGGUGUACAGAAGAGACAGAAGAGACGGUGUACAGAACAGACGGUGUACAGAAGAGACGGAACAGACGGUGUACAGAACAGACGGUGUACAGAACAGACGUGCAGAACAGACGGUGUACGGAACAGACGGUGUGCAGAAUCAGACGGUGUGCAGAAUCAGACGGUGUACAGAAUCAGACGGUGUACAGAAUCAGACGGUGUACAGAACAGACGGUGUACAGAAGAGACGGUGUACAGAAGAGACGGUGUACAGAAGAGACGGUGUACAGAACAGACGGUGGACAGAACAGACGGUGGACAUUCCAUAAGAAAUUUCACGUCACUACACAAAAGCCGGUGUCACUCAGUAGCUUGGAAAUACCCAGGAGCAUAA